AUGGCCUCCCAAGUGUGUCAGAAUUACCACAAGGACUGUGAGGCUGCUGUUAACAAGCAGAUCAACCUGGAGCUCUAUUCCGCCUAUGUUUACCUCUCCAUGUCCUCUUACUUUGACCGGGAUGAUGUUGCCCUGUGUCACUUUGCUGAGUUCUUCAAGGAGCAGUCCCAUGAGGAACGGGAACAUGCUGAGAAACUGAUGGAAUUCCAGAAUAAACGUGGAGGCCGAGUCCUCCUGCAGGAUGUCAAGAAGCCAGAGCAGGAUGAGUGGGGCAAUGGUCUGGAGGCAAUGCAGAGAGCUCUGCAGAUGGAGAAGGAUGUGAACCAGAGUCUGCUGGAUCUGCACAAACUCUCCUCUGACCACACUGACCCUCAUCUGUGUGACUUCCUGGAGAGGCACUACUUGGAUGAGCAAGUGAAGAUGAUCAAGAAGCUGGGAGAUCACAUCACCAACCUGAAGAGACUGGGAGCCCCUGAGAAUGGCCUGGGAGAGUACCUGUUUGACAGGCUCACCCUGGGGGAGAGUGACUGA